AUGGAUAAACUGAGUUUAGCUCUACAACAAGACAUAGAUUACUCAUACAGCAAACAAACACUUCUCAAAACAGUCAAGAAAAUGGGCUUCAAAUAUACAACACGCAACAAGAAGACAGCGUUGUGCGAACAACACAGAAUUAUUGCUGCUCGUCAUCACUAUCUCAGACAAAUAAAGAAGUACAGAGAUGAGGGAAGACCAAUAGUGUAUCUAGACGAGACAUGGCUCAACGCGCACCAUACCUUGAAACGAUGCUGGGCUGACUACGACGGCAAAGGAGGUUUGAGAGUCCCAUCAGGAAAGGGUGGAAGACUCAUUAUUCUCCAUGCAGGGUGGAAAGAGGGUUGGAUUUCUAAUGCUGACCUCGUUUUCAGAGGAAAGAAAGGCACCGGCAACUACCAUCAGGAAAUGAACACGGCCCACUUUAUGGAGUGGUUCAGAGAGAGGUUGAUUCCAAACCUUUCAGCAACUUCUGUUAUUGAUCUUGACAAUGCCAAGUAUCCUAAUAGCGUUGUUGAGAAAAUCCCGACAAAAAGAAGCACAAAAAGGACAUGAUCCAGUAUCUGGACUCGCACGAAAUCC